AUGGCGGUGGCCCGGCGAAAAGCGGUCGCGCAGCAGUUCGACAGCGAACAAGUUAAAGAGCAAGGAACUCAAGUAUGGGAUAACUUUCGUGCUGGCUCUCCGGACAUCGAAGAGGGUAUGCACGAGGCUGAGCCAUGGAUUGGAGGGGUCCCGGCAGUCAAUGGGUUGAGCUGGCGUAGGGAGCACGAAGCAGAAAAACACGCAAAGAAGACUCGAGAAGUAGAAGGCAUACAAGAUCAAUGGACCUUCGAACUCGUUAGAGGGGAUGUGGAAGAUCGACAUUUCGGAUAUCAUGAACGAAUCUUCGGACCCUCACGCUCUGAUCAUGUGCCAUGA